CAAGUCAACAACUACUUUGGGAGAGACAUAUAGAGAAGGUAACUGCACAAGAUGCAGUACACUAGGCAUGGCCCCUGCAGGAACUCCCCGCUCUCUUUCUCCACAUGGCACCCUCAUUCUCUUUACCCAUCUUCUCAUCUUAUUGCCGUCCAACACCGCCGCACAAUCCAUCGGCAAUGGAUCCGAGAUCGACCGCCAGGCCCUCCUCUCUUUCAAGUCUGGCAUCUCCAGCGAUCCACGCCAAGUCUUGGGAUCAUGGAACACCACGACCCACUUCUGCAGAUGGCGAGGGGUCGCUUGCGGUAAGCCUCGUCCAUUUCGUGUCGUCUCCCUCGACUUGAGCUCUCAACAGCUCGGUGGUGAGUUAUCUCCUUGGAUAGCUAACCUUACAUCGCUAAGACAGUUAAACCUUUCAGAUAAUCACUUCGCUGGUGUCAUCCCUGAUGAGUUAGGCACACUUCAACACCUACAAUCUCUGGAACUUGACAAGAACAGUCUUUUAGGUGUCAUUCCUAGAUCAUUAGGCACCAGUGGAUCUCUUAGAUAUGUGAAUCUCGCAUAUAACCGCCUUCUGGGCCGUAUCCCUGAGUUCGAUAAGAUGUCAGCCCUCGAAUUUCUUGACCUGUCAUCUAAUAACCUUUCUGGAAGCAUACCUUCAUCACUGGGAAAUGUUUCUUCUCUCGUAGGUGUAUGGCUUGACGCAAACAGCUUAUCAGGACCAGUUCCAGAAACUUUGAGCCUUAUUCAGAACCUUAAUGUGCUGUUUUUAAGUGACAACUACUUGUCAGGGCAUGUCUCGGCCAAACUUUACAACAUAUCAUCACUCCUUUACCUUGGUUUAGCCCGAAAUAACCUUACUGGACGAAUACCAUCUAGCAUUGGAAAGACGUUACCAAACCUGGUAGGGAUGUCUAUGUCGGGUAACAGAUUCGAGGGAUUAAUUCCAUCAUCACUAGCAAAUGCAUCAAAGCUCCAAUCAAUUGAUCUUGGAGUUAACUCCCUAACUGGACCAGUGCCAUCUCUAGGAUCUUUAUCCGACUUACAACUACUAAAUCUGGAAAGUAACUUCCUAGAAGCUCAUGUCCGAGAAUUCCUUCUCUCUCUUGUAAACUGUCGGCUUCUAGUUGUCCUAACCCUAUCAGGGAACAAAUUUUCUGGUCAGAUUCCAUCUACAAUAGGUAAUCUUUCUCAGUUGAAUGAGCUUUACCUAGACAGCAAUGACUUGAGUGGAAACAUACCGGCAAGUUUAGGAAAAUGCAAGCAACUGGAUAUGCUAAACAUGUCUUUUAACAACCUUCAAGGACCAAUACCAAGUCAACUCCUCAAUAGCACAUCUCUAUCCCAGGGUUUAGAUUUGUCAAACAACAACCUCACUGGUUUAAUACCGGAAGAAAUUGGUGCGUUGAUUCAUCUUGUCCAUCUCGAUAUUUCCGUCAACAAAUUUUCUGGUCAAGUUCCAGUUUCACUUGGCCAAUGUGUCCAAUUAUAUUCUCUCGUACUGGGAAGUAAUAUGCUUAAUGGAAGCAUACCUCAGUCUUUCAGUGAACUAAAGUCCAUCGAGCAGAUCGAUCUUUCCCACAACUACCUUGUUGGAUCAAUUCCAGUGUUCUUUGUGAGCAUGGUUUUUCUGCAGAAACUUGAUCUGUCUAACAACUACUUUGAAGGGGAGAUUCCAACUCGUGGCAUCUUCCGGAAUCAUAGUGCAGUAAUAUUGGAUGACAACACAGGGUUGUGUGCAAGUGCAACCACCAAUUUGUUUCAGCUUCCAGUUUGCACCACAACUUCAUCUGUUGAGAGUAAGAAGGAUGCACUCUUAUUGGUAAAAGUAAUUCCUCCAAUUGCUAUUGCCUUGCUCUCCUUCAUAUUCUUUGUGGUCACUCUUCUGAAGCAAAGGCAACCAGAAGCAGGUCCAUGCUACACUGGGACAAUGAAAAAGGUUUCAUAUGGCGGCAUUGUUAAAGCUACCAAUUGGUUCUCUCCGGUCAACAAGAUCAGCUCGAGUCGAACCGGUUCGAUCUACAUUGGAAGGUUUGAGUUUGACACGGAUCUGGUCGCCAUCAAGUUAUUUCAUCUCGACGAGAAUGGUGCACGAAGUAGCUUCCUUACUGAGUGUGAGGUGCUACGUAACACACGCCAUCGCAAUCUUGUUAAAGCUGUCACGGUAUGCUCCACAGUAGACCUUGAGAACAAUGAAUUCAAGGCUAUAGUGUUUGACUUCAUGGCCAAUGGAAGCUUGGACAUGUGGCUGCACCCGAAGCUGCACAAAAACACCCCCAAAAGGGUACUGAGCUUUGGCCAGAGGUUAAGAAUAGCGAUGGAUGUGGCUUUGGCUUUGGAUUAUAUGCACAACCAGUUGACGCCUCCUCUAAUCCACUGCGAUUUGAAGCCCGGCAACAUUCUUCUGGACUAUGAUAUGACUGCAAGAGUAGGUGAUUUUGGGUCAGCAAGGUUUCUCUCUUCAACCCCUGGUAAUUCAGAAGACUUGGUUGGCGUGGAAGGAACAAUUGGCUACGUCGCACCCGAGUACUGCAUGGGAUACAGAGUCUCAACAGGAUGCGAUGUCUACAGUUUCGGGAUCUUGGUUCUAGAAAUGCUCACCGGAAGGCGACCGACAGAUGCCAUGUUCACCGACGGACUGAGCCUUCACAGGCUGGUGAACUCGGCAUUUCCGGAUAGACUUGGGGAGGUUUUGGAUUCCUAUAUUGCCCAUGAGCAGCAGAAUGAGUGUGACAAAGUACUGAAGCAGAGAUGCAUUGUGCAUUUGGUUGAAGUUGGCCUCCUGUGUUCAAUGGAAUCGCCUAAGGAUCGACCAGGAAUGGCAGAAGUUUGUGCCAAAAUUCUCUCUCUCAAAGAGACUUUCUUUGAGUUAUGCUGAUUAACCUGCAGAUCUACAUGUUCUUCAAUAAAAAAAUACGCUGCAUGGAUAUCUUUGAUCUAACUCUUGGUUCAACAGGUCACGUCUUAGUGUGGGCAAAUCACCAGAACUCUAGUUAUUAAUAUUUGAACUCCUGGAGAGCGUAUUGGAGCUCUAGCGUCUCCUCAAGAGAUCUGUAUUUUUUUUAAAUCUAGAUCAAAUUUUAGAACCUCGAUGUAUAUGAUUAAUCUGUAUAUCUAAGGAAGUAUAUUGCAGCACGGUAUGUGCAUGCACGUGCAUUGUCUGAA